AUGUCAUAUUAUAAGCAGUUAUAUCCACCACCAGUUCCACAGUGUCAAUCGGAAAUGGAAAUUCGAAAUUUAUUCGAACGUCAUAUGAAAGCGUUGCUUGAUCAAAAAAACACAAUGAUCAAUGAAAUCGUCGAAUGGGAGAAUAAUCUUAUUCGUCAAAUUCAAGAGAAUGUUACUAAUCAAAAAGCUCUUGUUGAACAAUAUUGUAAAUAUCAAUUGAAUUCUCUUCGAGCUACAUGUCAAGAAUUUCUCGAUACAGCAUUAAUCUAUGAACAAAACAAGAAUAGAGAAGAAGUUCGUCGAUUGAUUGAACAUUGUCACUCGUUAAAAGCGGAAUUGGGUGUAUUCGAUUAUCCCGAACAACCUAUUCCAUUUAUCAAAAUCCAAAAAGAAAAACAGCAAGUAGACGUUAAACAAGAUGUAUCUAUCACACAUAAAUCAAAUAAUCGAUCGACCAUGAAUGAUGAUUUUAGAAUAGAUAGCAAUACAAAUCUAGAUGGAUCUACUUCUUCUAUAUCGGCCGGUGCGCGUACAAAUCCAAUGAAUCAACAGUUACUGACAACAGUAUCUAAUAUCGAUUACAAUCAGAUGAUGAUCGACGAUCUUCACCGAGAGUCUGAUGCGAUAGAUCGUGGUGACACUCUCGAUAAAUGUCCUGCUUGUUGUAUUAUAUUUUUAUCAACAAUGGACACUCGCGAACGAACACAACACGUCAAUCAACAUUUUGAUGAUAGCUGA